GAAAGGGUUGGGGGAGGAGCAAUUCCUAUUCUCUAUAUACUGUAUAGUUGUGAGUAUAUAAAGCAGGAACACACUGGCAGUACCAUGGGGCCCCUCCUGGGCUUGUGUUGGCUAUUACUGCUCCCAGGGGCCACAGGGGCCAAUAGCUGAGGAAAUCAGAGCUCCAGUAGGAGUGGGAGGUGCCAGGAGGGGGCGGGGCCAUGCAGGUAUGAAGGUGAGACACAGACACACCCUCCUGUUGGGGAGAAGUUUCCCAGGACUUCCUCGUGUCACAUCAGCCCGGGACAUUAUGGGGCUACAAAUCUGCAAGAGAAUCUGCCCCUGCUGCCCCUGCGCCCCCUGUCAGGAGUCUGAAUCAGCAGCCCGGCCCCAGGGCCCCUCAUCCAAGUUCUACCGGGGCCACCCUGGGCAUCUCCCACCCCCAGUGCCAGACACAGGUGAGAAGGGGCAGGGGGCACAGAGGAAGGAGGCGACAGGUAAAGGCACAACAGAGACUCGUCUGGUCUGGAGGAAUCAUAGGGGCACAGAGGGGCACAACUCGGCAUACAGGGGGCAAGGGAAGGAUAACGCAGGCUUUGACCCCCAAGACACAACAAACAAUGGUAUAAAGAUUGAGCCCCACAUUAUACAUGUGCCCCAAAAUCCAUCUCCUGAGGAACCAAGUGCCCAGGGCAGAGUCAAUUCCAGUAUGGCAGCACCAUCCCUGCAGUGGAGUAGGGCCGACAAGGUCUCCAUCUACAGCUACACUAAUAGCUCAGUGGGGGACAUGAAGGUGCAGAGAGGGGACCACCUCAAGGUCAUUCACACCAAGGGGGACUGGGCCUUUGUACAGAGGAUGAAUGAGAGGGGCCUGACCCAAACUGGAUACAUCCCCAAGAGUUUCCUGGCCGACACAGGGAGUCUGGAAGCUGAGGACUGGUACUUCGGGUGCAUAAAGAAAAUGGAUGCCAAGCGGUACCUCCUGCAGGAACCAAACAGCUCCGGCUCAUUCCUGGUCUGGAACAAUGAAGACUCUGCCUGUUAUUAUCUGUCUGUGCGUGUGGAUGUGACAGUGCGACAUUACAGGAUCUCUCAGUCCAAGUUGGCAUUUUACCUGGUGGACCGGGCGGCAUUUCAGACCCUGCGGAGUCUGGUGGACUAUUAUCAGCAGCAGAGCGAUGGGCUGUGCACUCGACUGGACAAACCCUGUGUGCGGUUGGACGAGCCCAGUAUGCCCAGUCUCUCCCACUCGACUGUCGAUAAACUGGAAAUCAGCCCCAACUCCAUCGAGAGGAUCAAACAAUUGGGCAGAGGAAGCUUCGGCCUCGUUUGGCUUGGGAAAUGGAACGGCACCACCAAAGUGGCAGUUAAGGAACUACAAGUCACAGCACAGUCGUUACAACAGUCUCUAUAUGGAGAAGCAGACACAAUGUGGAAGUUGAGUCAUGAGAGGCUACUGAAGUUAUAUGCCGUGUGUCUCCAGACUAACCCCGUGUUUAUUGUCACUGAGUAUAUGGAGAAGGGGACCCUGAAACGAUAUCUCAGAGCUCAUCAGCAGAACCGGGACCUGGAGCUGCAGCAGCUGAUGGAUUUCUCUGUACAGAUUUGCCAGGGGAUGGAUUACAUGGAGAAGAAUCUUUGUGUUCACCGAGACCUGAGAACUGAGAAUAUUCUGCUUUCCGCCAUGUUGUCCUGUAAAAUUGGAGACUUUGGAUUGGCUCGUUUUAUGAACAGCUCAUCUAUUGCCAUAUCCGCAGAUGCUAAGAUCCCUAUUAAGUGGAUGGCACCAGAAGUUUUCUCAGAGCAGAAGUAUUCCAGUAAAUCGGAUGUGUGGUCGUUCGGAGUGUUACUGGUGGAGAUUGUGACCUAUGGGAAGAUGCCUUUUCCAGAGAAAACCAAUGAGCAGUACGUCAUGGAACUAAUGGGUGGGGGGACCCUGCAGCCCCCCAGAGACUCUCCGGAGAAUGUCUCCUGCAUUAUGAACAUGUGUUGGAAGAGAGAGUCUCCCUUGAGACCCUCAUUUGCUCAGCUGGAGCGUCUCAUCAUGGAGCUGCUGACAUUCAGUGAAGAUGUGGUGGAGUGACUGUCAUUUAUGAAUAACUGUCACGUACAGGUCAAUGGACAUUAACACAAGCUCCUCCAUUUCUCUGAAGCCACGGGGCCCUGGAGGAGCCAAAUCCUAAUGUGCAAUGAGCCCAACUGCCCCCCGGGGGUAUCUGUAGCUUUCUACCCCUCUGUGUGGCUUUAAUAUCAGCAUCCAAUCAAAUGAUCCCAAUGGCACCCAUGGGGAGGUCUAUAGGGAAAUACAAUAUUUAAGCCAAUGAAGGGACAAUAUACAAAGCCCACCCAUAGCUGCAAUAUCAGCAGGUAACAAUACAGGGACCUGUUUCAGAGCAAACGUCCCAUUGGCUACUAGUCCUGCUCCAUUUCCCAUUGGUUCUGCAAGGGACCUGAUCACAGGGCCGACACCUUCCUUUGGUUGGACCCACCCAGUACUUGUUUGCUAACCAUGGGACUCGUGAUGGAAACCUUGGAUUUAGAGCAAUCACAUAAAGGCUCCUUCCAUUCUCUCACAGCACAGCAGUCCAGCCUUGCUUUUUGGCAAGAGUUAAUCCUUCAAAUGACCAUUUCUGUUACAGUGGCCACAGAUCCUAUAGGGGAGAAGGAGCUGAUAACUUAUUAUAAUACACAAAAGCCAUGAAUAUCUUGUAAAUUAUAUCCUUAUAAAUGGUGAGUUCUGAUGUCAUCAGU